GACUCUCAUCAAGUUAUUGUGCAUAUAUAGCAUGUCAGUUUAACUGUAUUUUCUAUGCAAUGUAAAGAAAAUUAAGCUGCAUGAAAAGUUUUUCAAACAUUUGUAAAAACUUUUAUCCAAAUAUGUUUUUAUGUUUCAUUAUAUACUUUUUCUUUCAGAUCUUUCACUGUACAUCACCGGAGCUGUUGGUUUGGUUAUACUGUUAAUAACAGCUGUGUUUGUCAUCAGAUGGAAGAAAAAUAAAGGAAACAAAACACAGAUGUAUGAAAAUGCUGGACUGAGUUUGAAGCCCACAGAGACUCAAUCUGCUCCUCAAACCAUUCAGGACUUGGUGGAGCCUGAAGUUUCCUAUGCCACCAUCAGCUACACCAAGAAUAGCAACAGUAAAACCCGGGUUCAUUGUGAUGGUGAAGGCGAUGCUGUGACCUACAGCACUGUGAAGGCUCCUUCCUCUGCAUCCACCGUUGAUCCCAGCAACCUCUACUCUACUGUCAAUGUUGCAGUCACAUAGCUCAAGCAGUUGAAAAAAGCACUCGUAUUUAAUGGAAAGGAAAUUUUUGUUUUGACUUGAGGCAGUGUGAUCGCAACAUGUUAAUUAAGUUAUUGCUGUUGUUAGCUAGAUUGCCUCACAAGGUUGUCUUAAUGUUGUUCUCAUGGAUGCUGAGCUUAAUGUUUCCAAGAGAUUUAGUAAAAUGCCGGUUAUUGGAAGAGUGCCGAGCUGAAACCCCCACAGGCAACUCGUGUCCCCCCCAAAGAAACAUCAACACUUAAAUUAAAAAAUAAUCAUUUUUUACAAUAUGUUUAUGAAAUACAGUUGGUUUCGUUGCUACUUUUACAUGUCUAUGAACUGCUCAGAAUCUCUAAGAGACGGCUGGGUGAGCAGAAAACAAUUAUCACACCAAAUAGUCAUGUUUAUGUUUCCUUUUUUAGGUUAGCACAAAACUGUGUAAAUAAAUGUCUCUUUCUCUCUUUGUCUCUCAAGACAUUGUAAACAUUUCAUUGUGUAAAACUGAACCAGUAUUUUUCCAUAACUUAAAGCAAGUAUCAAUAUCUACAUGUAUCCAAAAAGCCAUUCAGUUCUGUGUAACUAAAAUAGCAAUAAAAUAAAGAUCUGUCUCUGUUUUGUAAUCCA